GUCAAAUGGUGAUUGCCUAUCCUAGACUUAGCGCAGUGUACUGUACGUAACCCAGCAGGCAUUUGUAAGCUCACCGAUUGCAGCUUCAACUUCACGACAAGAUAUAAGUCUACUGUUAUAGCUGUCACCUACAGAAAAUCACCGGAUACCUCCCUGAAGCCUACAAUCACGAUUCUUGCCAGCGCCGAAGAGAUGACAGAAAUGACGUCAACCAAAUCCUUCAGCUCCACGCCAGCAGGUGCGCAACAGCAACCCACACCCUUCGACUUGCACGUCGAAGAACAGAAGCUGCAGGAAUUCAAGACUCUGCUCAAACUGAGUCCAGUCGCAAAAGACACGUACGAGAACAAGCAAGAUGAGGGAAGCCAUGGCAAGUUUGGAGUCAGCCGGCAGUGGAUCGUUGAUACAAAGAAGGAAUGGGUUGAGAAGUUCGAUUGGCGCAAGGAAGAGGACCGGAUCAACUCUUUCCCCAACUUCAAGACUACGAUCAAGGACGAUGACAGCGGCAGCUACGACGUCCAUUUUGUGGCAUUGUUCUCGAACAAAUCAGAUGCUAUCCCUAUAGCGUUCUUUCAUGGCUGGCCAGGUUCAUUUCUGGAGUUUCUGCCUCUUAUGGAUCUCUUGCGCAAGAAGUACACGCCAGAUACUCUCCCUUACCACAUCAUUGCGCCGUCUCUCCCUGGCUUUGGCUUGUCAUCUGACCCUCCUUUACAAAAAGAUUGGAAAGUUGCGGACACUUCCCGCAUCAUGCACAAGCUUCUUCUUUCCCUUGGAUUUGGGCCAUCAGGAUACCUCGUCCAGGGCGGUGAUAUUGGCAGUCUCAUUUCGCGAGAGAUAGCAGCCACGUACGUCGAAUGCAAAGGCAUGCAUCUCAACUUCAUGCACAGCAGGAACAUUCAAUCUUAUUCUUCGCCGGAAGACAAUAUUAGUGAAGCGGAGAAGAAAGGUAUCCAGAGGAUGACCGAGUUUAUGGAAGUCGGCCGGGCCUAUGCAAUCGAACAUGGCACCAAACCUUCCACCAUCGGUCUUGUACUUUCCAGUUCGCCCAUUGCACAAUUAGCCUGGAUUGGCGAGAAGUUCCUUGCGUGGUCUGAUCCUUCCACUACACCUUCACUCAAUACCAUUUUGUCUGAUAUCACCCUCUACUGGCUUACUGGUUGCUACCCUACGUCAAUAUACACAUACAGAGAGGCUAAGGAAACAAAAUAUGUGGACAAGCCGACGGGGUACAGCUGGUUCCCUUUUGAACUGGCGCCUAUCCCCAAGGCUUGGGCAGAGAAGACGGCAAAGAUUGCCUUUUUCAGGGCGCACGAGAGUGGUGGGCACUUCGCGGCGUUGGAGAGGCCUGAGACGCUUUGGGCGGAUGUCGAGGAGUGGGUCAAGGCUGCUUGGAGAUGAAGUGGUUAAGGCGGUGAGGUCAACAAUUUCCAUCACAAGUUUAGAAUGAUGAUGUGCACAUGGUUCAACAUCUUCAGCCUGAAAAUCAUGUCGAG